CCCGGCGCGGCUCGGCACGGCAGAGCCGCCCGCCCGAGGGCUGCCUGCCGGGAGGAGGAGGCGGCGCGGAGCCCAGCGACCCCGAGGCAGCGAUACAGUAUUCUAGGUUUGCUACUUGGGAAAGAAAAACACAUGGCUUCCAGCACAUCAAACCCUGCUAACAAUUUGCCAUACUUCUUUGGUAAUAUCACACGUGAAGAUGCUGAGGAGUAUCUGAUGCAGGGAGGAGCAAGUGAUGGACUAUACUUGCUCCGCCAAAGCCGGAAUUACCUGGGGGGCUUUGCCUUAUCCUUGGCCCACGGAAGGAAGGUUCACCACUAUACAAUUGAGAGGGAGCUAAGUGGUUCAUAUGCUAUUGCAGGAGGCAAGUCGCAUGCCAGUCCUGCUGAACUCAUUAACUAUCACUCAGGGGAAGCAGAUGGCCUUAUCUGUCUACUGAAAAAACCUUUCAACCGGCCACCAGGUGUUGAACCCAAAACAGGACCCUUUGAAGAUCUGAAAGAGAACCUCAUCAGAGAGUAUGUCAAGCAAACCUGGAAUUUGCAGGGGCAUGCUCUUGAACAAGCUAUUAUUAGUCAGAAGCCUCAGCUGGAGAAGCUGAUUGCCACUACAGCUCAUGAGAAGAUGCCAUGGUUCCAUGGGAGGAUCUCUCGGGAAGAGUCAGAACACCGUAUCCUCUUUGGAUCAAGAAGCAAUGGAAAAUUUCUUAUCCGAGAAAGGGACAGCAAUGGUUCCUAUGCCCUAUGCCUACUGAAUGAUGGAAAAGUACUGCACUAUCGUAUUGACAGAGAUAAGACAGGAAAGCUCUCCAUACCAGAUGGAAAAAGAUUUGACACCCUGUGGCAGUUAGUUGAGCAUUAUUCAUACAAACCUGAUGGACUAUUAAGAGUUCUUACCAUUCCUUGUCCACAACCAGAAAAUGAUAAUGUUGGUUUUAAUGCUCAUCCUUCUUCUGGAUCACUUCCUAAGAGUUGGGCAGGAGGUGGAAUUAUCUCAAGACUCAAAUCGUACACCUUUCCAAAGGCUGGCAGCAAAAAGCUUCAGUCAUCUAUUGGCCACCCACAAGAAGAAGCACCGUUUAAUCCCUAUGUGCUGCAAAGGAACAGAGGUCUUACAGCAGCAGAAAGAGGUGAUCAGAGAGAGGCCUUACCCAUGGAUACUGAGGUCUAUGAAAGUCCAUAUGCUGAUCCAGAUGAAAUUAAACCAAAAAAUGUCACUCUUGACAGGAAAUUGUUGACUUUGGAGGAAGGUGAACUUGGCUCUGGCAACUUUGGUACUGUAAAGAAAGGGCUCUAUAAGAUGAAAAAGGGUUCCAAGCCUGUGGCUGUAAAAAUUCUAAAGAAUGAGAGUAAUGAUCCAGCCAUAAAGGAUGAAUUACUGAGAGAAGCAAAUGUAAUGCAGCAACUGGAUAACCCAUAUAUUGUCCGAAUGAUAGGUAUAUGUGAAGCUGAGGCCUGGAUGUUAGUAAUGGAAAUGGCUGAACUUGGGCCAUUGAACAAAUUUUUGCAAAAAAAUAGACAUGUCACAGAGAAGAAUAUAACAGAGCUGGUGCAUCAGGUUUCCAUGGGGAUGAAAUACCUGGAGGAGAAUAAUUUUGUUCAUCGGGAUCUGGCUGCAAGAAAUGUGCUGCUAGUCACCCAACAUUAUGCCAAAAUUAGUGACUUUGGGCUUUCUAAAGCUCUUAGUGCUGAUGAAAAUUAUUACAAGGCACAAAGUCAUGGAAAAUGGCCAGUCAAAUGGUAUGCUCCAGAAUGCAUGAAUUUCUACAAAUUUUCUAGCAAAAGUGAUGUCUGGAGCUUUGGGGUUUUAAUGUGGGAAGCUUUCUCUUAUGGACAAAAACCAUAUAAGGGAAUGAAAGGUGGUGAAGUUGCACAGAUGAUUGAAAGAGGAGAACGAAUGGAACGUCCUGAAGUCUGCCCAACAGAACUCUACGGUUUAAUGAAAUUGUGUUGGACAUACGAUGUUGAUGACCGACCAGGAUUUGUUGCAGUUGAGAUGAGGUUACGUAACUACUAUUAUGACAUUUCCCACUAA